AUGGCCAAGCUCUGGCUGAAAUUCCAAAGGUACUUUCGGCGGAAACCCAUCCGUUUCUUCACCUUGAUCGCGCUCUACCUGACGGCUGGCAGCCUGGUCUUCCUCCAUGCUGGCUUCAGUGGGGAGACGAGGGUCCCGGGGGCCGGCCCCAGGCCCAGCAAUGGUGCCGCAGGAGGGACCGAUGCUCAGUUGUUGGGGACGCUGCCGCUCAGCAGGGAAGCUGGAGCGAUGCCGGAGUCUCUGGCCUUGGCCCGGCGGUACGGCACUUGGUUCAAGAGCCCCCCAAAGGACGCCGCCGGGAGGAGCAGAGGUGAUUAUGGGGAGACCUGGACUGGAGUGCUCAGGGGGAGGAGAGCUCACGAGAAGGAGGAAGACAGAGCAAAAUACAUCGGCUGUUAUGUUGACAACACUCACCAGAGAGCCCUCCGCGGAGUGUCCUUCUUUGACUACAAAAAAAUGACAUUGUUCCGUUGCCAGGACAACUGCGCCGAACGGGGCUACCUCUACGCGGGGCUGGAGUUUGGGGCAGAAUGCUACUGUGGACACAAGAUCCUGGCCAUGAAUGUGAGCGACGCCGAGUGCAACAUGGAGUGCAAAGGAGAAAAGAGCAGCUUUUGCGGGGGACCGAACCGGCUGUCCAUCUACCGCCUGGAGCUGGCCCAGGAGUCCACCAGGAGGUAUGGCAGUGCCGUCUUCCGUGGCUGUUUCCGCCGGCCAGAAAACCUCACCUUGGCUUUGUUGGCGAGCAGGCCCAUGAGGAACAUGUCUGUGAACCGAUGCGUUGACUUCUGCACAGGAAAGGAAUACCCUCUUGCAGCUCUGGCUGGCACCUUCUGCCACUGCGGUUUCCCCACCACUCUUUUCUCCUUGCACGAACGAGAAGGAGAGCAUCUUUGCGCCCAGAGAUGCAACGGGGAGGAAUUUGAAAGCUGCGGCACUUCAGACUAUUUCAUUGUAUACCAGACCCAAGUGCAAGACAACCGAUGUAUGGACCGGAGAUUUCUCACCGCUCGAGCCAAACAAUUGGUCGCCCUUGCCAGCUUUCCCGGAGCGGGCAACACAUGGGCACGGCAUCUCAUCGAGCUGGCCACGGGUUUCUAUACGGGGAGUUAUUAUUUUGAUGGCUCUCUUUAUAAUAAAGGGUUCAAAGGUGAGCGGGACCACUGGCGCAGCGGCCGGACGAUCUGCAUCAAAACGCACGAGAGUGGGCAGAAGGAGAUCGAAGCCUUUGACGCGGCCAUCCUGCUGGUUCGCAACCCCUUCAAAGCACUGAUGGCGGAGUUCAACCGGAAGUACGGGGGUCACAUCGGCUUUGCUUCUCACGCCCACUGGAAGGGCAAGGAAUGGCCGGAAUUUGUCAAGAACUAUGCUCCGUGGUGGGUGACGCACACCCUUGACUGGCUGAAAUUUGGCAAGAAGGUCUUGGUGGUCCAUUUUGAGGACCUCAAGCAGGAUCUCUUCGUCCAGCUCAAGAGGAUGGUCAGCCUGCUGGGCAUCGCUGUUCACGAGGACCGCUUGCUGUGCGUCGAGGGCCAGAAGGACGGUAACUUUAAGCGCUCAGGGCUGAGGAAACUGGAGUAUGACCCCUACACCCCAGAGAUGAAGAAAAUGAUCAACGGCUACAUCAAGACGGUGGACAUGGCUCUGAAACUCAGGAACCUCACCGGUGUCCCCAGAGACUACUAUCCCAGAUGA